AUGCCCGCCCCGUGCCGCCCCCCGUCCCUUCUGCGCUGCGUCCAGGCCCUCAGCGCGCUGCUGGCGCUGGCGCUGGCCGCGGCCCCGGGCUACUGGCACUCGGGCGAGGGCGACGGCUGCCUGUCCGCCUGGGCCUUGUCCUUCGUCUUCACCCUCCUCCUCCUCCUCCACGACGCCCUCCGCCGCCCGCCGCCCCGCCGCGACCUCCCGCUGGCCCUGGCGCUGGCCGCCGCCAUGGCUUGCGCCACCGCCACCGUCCUGUGGCCGCUGGGCCACCUGCGCGGGCACGAGGGCGGCCAAGGUCGCCCCCGCGCCCUCCGCGCCGCCGCCGCCGCCGCCUCGGCCGUGGCCACGCUGGCCUACGCCGCCGAGGUCGCCCGGGACCGGGCGCGACCCGGCGAGGCCGCCCCGUACUUGGCGACCCCGUCCGGGCUGCUCAAGGUGGCCGAAGCCUUCCUCGCCCUCGUCCUCCUCGGGCUGUCGGCCGAGCUGGGCGCGGCGUCGGGGCCGGCGGCCUUGCGCUGGUGCCUGGGCAUCUUCUGCGUGUCCUUCGUGCUGGGCGUGCUGCUGGUGGGGGGCUGCCUGCUGGGCUGGGGGUGGUGCGGCUGGAUGCGGGACCCCGAGGGGAUGCGCUGGGGGCUGGGGGUCUACGCGGGGCUGGGGGUGCUGGCCUACGGGGCGGCCACGGUGCUGUGGGCGCUCUACAGCUUCUCGGACGACGUGGGCGGCCAGGCGCGGAGACCCCACGGCUGCCCCGCCACCUGCGCCUGGGACAGGAGGGUGCUGGUGGCCGUGCUCAGCGGGCUCAACCUGGUGGCGUUCGGCGUGGAUUUGGGGCAGACGGGACGGUUGGUGCUGUUGAGGGCGUGA